GAUGCGCACUUUCGUUCCGCAAGCAACGGAAGGGGGAGAGGCAAGGCAGGCAAGGCAUCGCACUGUACUUUUGGUUUACAAGACAGAGGAAGUUUUCUUGUUUCCCCCUGCUGUCACCGUUGUGCCAACUCCUGGUUUUCCACGGUCAGAAGAUCAUGGACAUGAAAGACGAUCAAGACGAUUCCUCAUUCAGCAACAUGGAGGCAAACGGUAAGCGCCCCGCUGAGGAUGCAGAUGAGCAGAAAUCAUUCAAGCGCUCCAGGAACUCUGAGGAGUUGAUUGAGCUGCGCAUCCUCCUGCAGAGCAAAAACGCAGGGGCUGUUAUCGGAAAAGGUGGCAAAAACAUCAAAGCCCUACGUUCAGACUACAAUGCCAGUGUGUCAGUCCCAGACAGCAGUGGGCCUGAGCGCAUCCUGUGCAUCUCUGCCGACAUCGACACCGUCGGAGAGAUCAUGCUCAAGAUUAUCCCAACCCUGGAAGAGUACCAGCAGUACAAUGGAAUGGAUUUUGACUGUGAGCUGCGUCUACUGAUCCACCAGAGCUUGGCUGGCUCCAUUAUUGGAGUCAAGGGAGCCAAGAUCAAGGAGCUCAGAGAGACCACAAAGACCAGUAUCAAGCUGUUUCAGGAGUGUUGCCCUCAAUCGACAGAGCGAGUCGUGCUUGUCAACGGUAAAAUGGAGCGUGUGGUUGAGUGUAUCAAGACUAUGUUGGAGGUCAUCGCUGAUGCUCCAAUUAAAGGCCGUUCACAGCCUUACGACCCUAAUUUCUACGACGAAACAUACGAAUAUGGAGGGUUUACUAUGAUGUUUGAGGAGAGAGGUAGCAGCCGCCGGCUAAUGGGAGGCUUCCCCAUGCGCGGGAGCAGGUCCAGUGCCGGCGACCGGGGCUAUGAUCGAAUGUCGUCUAGCAGAUCGGGACGGGCAUCCAUGUCUUCCUCACGCAGGGAUUACGAUGACAUUAGCCCUCGUCGAGGUCCUCCUGCACACCACCAGAGCAGGAGCGGCAGGGGCAGCAAUAUGUCCAUGGGUCGCUCACACCGAGGCGGAGAUGAUCGUUACUAUGACUCAUACCGUGGCUCAGAUGAAAGGUCAAAUGACAGAAGAGGCAGACCGGAUCGCUACAGCGAUAACAUGAGUGGAGGAGGAUAUGACAACACUUCCUCCUGGGAUGGCUACCAAUCAGGUGGACGGUGCUCCUACAAUGACCCUGUCAUUACCACACAAGUGACCAUCCCUAAAGAUCUGGCGGGCUCCAUUAUUGGCAAGGGGGGCCAGCGGAUCAAACAGAUCCGCCAUGACUCCGGAGCAUCCAUCAAGAUCGAUGAACCUUUGGAAGGUUCGGAGGACCGCAUCAUCACCAUCGUGGGCACCCAGGAUCAGAUUCAGAAUGCCCAGUACCUUCUGCAGAACAGUGUGCUGCACCUGCUUGGACUCAAGGACUAACCACACCCCCCCUCUUUUUUUUUUUUUGGCCACUUUUUUCAUUUUGCCCGUUGUCCUUUUCCUCAAAGGACGCCACAGCCCUACACGCCUAGUUAUAUUCUAUGCUUUAAUACAUGGUUUAACUGUGACUGGUGAAUUGUUGCUGUUGUAAAUUUUAUUUAUUUUUUCACUCUUCUUAUUUCAGUGUGAAGCAGUUCUCUGGUCUUUUGCUGUAGACUCCCCUGGAUUGAAGCAGAUUUUCCCCCUUGCUCCCUUUGCUUUUUUUUUCCUUUCUCCCUAACUUUCUGCCCUCGACCCCUUCUGGCUCAACACAGCCCCCUUCAGACUAUUAAUUCUGGAUUUUGGGUAUCUUUCUGGUUUUUUUUUCUAGUUUUAUUUUUGUAUUUUUAAUGAAAUGAAAUGUCCAACAUUCCUGUGCAUCAAAUAUGUUCUGCAUUUUUUAAAAUGUAUUCUUUUAGUUGACCUGCUUACUGUUUCCAACACACGUGUAUUAAAGCAUAUCCUUAUUGCUUGGCAGACAAAAAACGUCAUUUGUGAUGGUUUUGUAUAUUAUUAAUGUGUAGCUUUUUCCCCCAGUCCUGACUCACACACUGCUGUAAAACAUCUAGAAUGUAAGCUUCCAUUGUUUUGUUUUUUUGUGGCAGGACUUGUUGAUGCACCAGAAAUACUACACAUUGACAGUCUACUGCAAUAUUCAUAGGUGUCGUGUGAGUUAAAUUCAUUCAUCAUUCAAAUGUACUUCCAAAUUGAAAGACAUGACAGUUUUGUUACUAAACUUUAUUGAUGAAAUGGAAAUAAAUUAACAAUAAAGCCACCUUGUCUGUGCUCUACUACACUUGCUUGAUGUUCAUGCUCGAAAGCUUAUUUGUCAAAUUGUAAAAUGAAUAAAGAUGCCACUUUUCACUUCA